AUGGAGGCGGAAAGAAAAUCAGUACAGUCCCAAGGUGAUGCUGCUGCAUCGCCAGAUAUUUCUUUUCUUGAAAAGAUAACUUAUAGAGUUGGAAAUAAAAUGAUAUGUUGUUUGGAUGGAGCAAGGAUUGGCAUUCAAUAUGAGACAUCAUAUGCAGGAGAACCUUGUGAGGUGUUCCAUUGUGUUCUUGAAAGCAAGUCGUUUCUUGAGAAAAUGAUAGUUCUCGAGCACACAUUUCCAUUUUUUUUGCCGAUACGUGAUGUGGAAAAUGACUAUCUCUCGUCUAAUGCCAUGAAGUUCAUAGAUCACGUGGGAGAGUUGUUGCAGGCUUAUGUCGAUAGACGAGAGCAGGUUCGCCUUAUAAAGGAGUUGUAUGGGAAUCAAAUCGGAGAACUUUAUUGUAGUCUUCCAUAUCAUAUGGUUGAAUUUGUGCUUCCAGAAUUUGAGUGCAAAAUAACAGUGAGUCUUAGAUACGGCAGUCUCAUCUCUACACUUCCAUCUGGGGUCAGUGUCCUCGCAUGGCCCACGCAUCAACCCAAGAGACUCCGGGCUGGUCUAGCACCCGUCAACAGGAAGGACAUUUCUGGAAAUCAUUUAAUUCCAGCUCGGUUGACAAAUGCUGAGCAUGCAUUGCGGUCGAUGAGUCUACCUGAAGGUUAUCUCUUGAUCAUCAACUACUUUUUUUUUCCUAUUAUUUUAUGCCACAAACAACUCGUGCACUAUAAAACCUCGCCUUCUUUUGUGGUGCACCUCUGA